AUGUGCUACUGCGAUCUGGUCAAGUUCAGCUGCAACCAUCGAGAAUGGAGCGAUGUACGACAGCCGUGUGACGAUGCUCAGUGCCAGGAACAGCGUAUUCGGAAGCAUGUCCACAUCGGCACGAACGAUGUCUGCUCAAAAUGCCGGAGAGAUCCAUUCGGAAUCGAUCCCCUCCGGGUUAGGCUUUAUGGCAAUGCGGAGUCGUCCCUUCCUGCCUCCAAUAUGAUCCUGGGCGUUAACAAACCCAUGCUCGACACAAUGCCGUGCAGGCUCAUUUCGCACGACCGGUAUAAUAUCUCGUUUCCCCGGGGGACACACCAGUUUCGGAUUGAAACCUCGGCCCUCGAGUCUGCUCCCUUCGCCGUAAGCACCGACACUAUUCUGAAGCUUAGCGUUAUGGCAAAGCGAUUUGCAGAGAAACGUGAGAGGCUCGUUAGAAGAGUCCUGGAGGCCAUGAGACACCCCGAAGGCCCCGAUCGGGAGUGGGGCCUUCCAGUCAGCAGCACUUCAAGGCUAUCCAAGGCGAGAGCGCAAACUACGAGAGACUUGGGGUCACCUUAUUCACGACUCAACCUCAAAGCCCGACAGAUCCGGUUGCUCAAGUUAAAUCCCAAUAGGAAUCCCCAGGAUCUAUCAUUCUCUUUUCGAUGUAUGGAGCUGUCCCACUGUCCUCGGUAUACUGCACUCUCCUACACUUGGGGAGAUGAAGAAGCUUCCCGGAACAUCACCGUUGGUGGAGGCGGGACAAUCAACAUACGUGAGAACCUCUGGUCCUUUCUCCACCUACAGAGCUAUAUCAUUUCCAAGCCUAAAUUCUUCUGGAUCGACGCAAUCUGCAUCAAUCAAUCCAACGUCCACGAACGCAACCAUCAAGUCAACAUGAUGAAACAAAUCUACGUCAAUGCGUUUGAGGUCUAUAUCUGGCUAGGGCUGGAAGCGGAUAACAGCGAUCUCGCAAUGGACUUUAUUGCUGCGAAAGGCACACGAGAACUCAGGCGUCGGGGUCCUGGGUUUCACGCUAUUUGGCCGAGACAUGUUGGUAAGGCUCUGUACGACUUGUGCGAGCGUGCCUACUGGAGAAGGAUGUGGAUCAUUCAGGAGAUUGUGCACGCCGACAACAUCACUGUCUGGUGCGGAGCCAAGUCUUUCAGAUGGCACGUUCUUGAGAGCCUCUAUCUCACUCUCAAAACUUUGGAAGAAACAUCGUGGUUUGCACAUCACCCACAUGCAAUAAGGGUAUUACAAAGCUCGGCCUGUACCAUGGUCUGGCAGCGUGCACACUGGCGACACCCUGACACCCCUUCUCCACGGCUUCAGGUCCUCAUCGACACCUUCCGCGACUGGCAAUGCACAGAUAUCAGAGAUAAAGUCUAUGCCCUGGUAAGCAUGGCGAGCCAUGAAACAGCCAUCGUUCCCGAUUACUCCAAAUCAACUCUGGAUGUCUAUCGCGCAGUUCAAGACAAACACGAUAGCGAGAAACACGAGUUCUACAACAUGCUAUCCCAAAUCCUAGCGAUACCACAACGUGACUUGAGUUUCGAGAGAGAUCUGAUCGAAUAUAAACGGCACCCCCCAGAGCAGUUAGUGCUGAGAGGCCUAUUAGACGACUAUUUCGGCAAAGAUUUUGAGUGA